UUUAAAUUUGACCUUCAACCACCAUGGGCGCGACUGCCACCCAACAAAACUUUUUUUCGAAAUGGGCAUUGUACCUUACACUUCUUCCCCUUCUAGUGUCCACUUUUCGAUGGCUGGACACCAUCAAGGACCGUUGGUACGUUCUAGAGCCAGAAAUGCUUCACCAACUCGCACAAGAUGCUAUUGCUACUUCUCCAAACUCGACCGCUGGCAUGAUUGACCACAUUGUUGCCAAUCUCACUCAAACUUAUUCUCACAAACAACUUCGCCUCAAUACCGACACUUCUGAAUGGGUCUUCAACAACGCAGGUGGCGCUAUGGGUGCUAUGUACAUUAUACAUGCUAGCAUCACGGAGUAUUUGAUCAUUUUCGGUACUCCGCUUGGGACAGAAGGACACAGUGGUAUUCACACAGCAGACGAUUACUUCAAUAUCUUGGUUGGGGAACAGUGGGCCUUUUAUCCCGGAGAACUCGAGAUGAGACGAUAUCCUGCUGGUUCCGUGAACUUCAUGCCGAGGGGAAAGGUAGCCCAAUACAAAAUGCAUGAAGGAUGUUUUGCUUUGGAAUAUGCAAGAGGAUGGAUUCCACUCAUGUUGCCGUUUGGUUUGGCAGAUGCGUUCACAUCGACUCUUGAUUAUAUAUCGUUGUGGGACACUGUCAAGUGGACCGGGCGAGAGAUUGUUGGGAACCUUCUUAUUGGAAAGAUAUAAUACAGAACGUGCUUUUUUCUGGCGCCGAUCACCCGUGUGUAGCUUUAUGGCUCGAGACUACGAAUUCGACCCUCUCCGCACGCUAUCGCCAUCCAGGAAGACUCCUAUACAUAUUGUGUGCAUCAACCUGGAAAAGGAUAUCGGCUUUAGCCAAAAGCCCGGCUCGUGACGGAAGUUGUAGCGGCGGAAGAAUCGGAACAUUUGUGUCAGGCUGAUCACAGUUCCGAAUUCUGGGACCACGCCGUGUAUCUAUCUAUCUAUCAUUGCUUUCACACAACAUGAAGUGUAGAAUUUCAAAGAAGCUACAUUAAAAGGAGAUGGCAUUCCAAUGCUUCAAUGAUACUGUGUAUACAUACUAACAUUAUGCAGAGGAACGUAGAAAUUGGG